AUGUUCCCCUCACUCUCCUCCCCCUCCACUGCGGCGCAGUGGGUCGUCGGUCUCCUCAUGUUCUCAGCCACCGCCUCCGCCAUCCCAGUGACCUCGGAGACCUCCAACGUCGAGCUCGAAACGCGCGCCCCAGUGGGUCAUUCCUGCGCCGGCAACAACAACGGCGUAUACGGCUGCGCGACCGUGACCUUUAAAGACCGCUACAACCUCAACAUUGACCUCAGCGUCAAGGACACCAAGGGCGACUCUCACCCCGUUUACGCCUGGGUCCGCGUCUACGACGAUCGCGGCAACACCGACUUGACCAGACUCCCGAAUCACUCGGGGGUUGGCAAAACAGUCUCGACGAAGCAGACCUGGCAGAAUACGCGCGGCAGGAUCACUGGGUUCCGUGCUAAGGCGUGUGUUAGCGAUGCUGGCCCUGAUACUUGUUUCGAUGGACCCUUUGUCAGCAAUCCUUUGCCGUGA